GUUGGCAACACGUGUAUGCGAGGUUUAUUUCGUUAUGAGUUUGAAUUUUAAAGAUGAGUUAUUAAGUGACUAAAUAUCGUUUGUUCGUUAUAUAUUUGUAGUGCUGGAUAAAAUUAAAAAUGCCAUCUUCCUCUAGUGUAAAAAAGUUAUAUCUUGCCAAAAAUUUAGAAGAACUGAAUAAACGUGCAGAGUCAAAUUUACCAGCAGUUAAAAAUUCCAAAGACAUUUUAAAAUAUUCAGAAUCUGCUACUAAAUUAUAUAAAGAAGCAGUCAAAUCUGAUGAAAGUGGAGAUGAAGAGCGAGCUUAUCUAUUAUAUAUGAGAUAUUUGGCAUUUUAUAAAACACUUAGAAAUACUUAUAAAAGUAAAAGUGACAUGAAAAACAUCUUUGAUUUAUUACAAAAGAAUGGAGCAUUAGCUAUAGGCAGAGCUGAAAAACUACAAAAUAAUUUAAUUCAUAGGUAUGAUAAUUUAAUGACUUCCAAAUCACUUUCAAAUGAAAAAACUGUGGAAACAUUAAAAAUAACAGAUGAUGAUAAAAAAGAUGAUAAAGUUUUGAUUAAUACACAAAAUUCUAUAAAAAAUGAUACAAUAACAGAUAAAGAAAUAAAUGAUUCAGUUUCCAGUUUGGAAUUGUUUGAUUUUAUGGAAAAAUCUGGUAUUCCUCUAUUAAUUUUAGAUGUUCGUUCUUCAACAGAAUAUGAAAAUUCUCAUAUCAAAUAUGAUUCCUGUCUUAAUAUACCAAAAGAAAUUCUGAAACCUGGAAUAACUGCAAAAGCAAUUGAAAAAGAAAUACCAGAAAAUUCCAUUCCUUUGUGGAAUAAGCGUGGUGUUGUCGAUUUUGUUAUAAUAUUAGAUAUAAAUAGUAGUACCAGAAAUAUUGAUAUUCAACAUCCUCUGUAUACAUUACGUGAAGCAAUUUACAAGUGGGAUAACAAUGUAAUUUUAAAAAGCUGCCCUUUAAUUUUGGAAGGUGGUUAUGAAGAUUGGCUACUUCAUUAUCCUAUGUAUACAACAAAUCCAAAUAUUGUAAUGCUUGGUUCUUUAAAUUCAUUUCCAAUUACCGAAUCUAAAGUUGAAAUUGAUUAUCCUAAUUUGGAUGAAGGAUUUAUUGAAAUGCCCUCAACUCCUCCUACAUCAAAUGAUGGAUUAGAAAAAUCAAAUAAAACUAUAAGUGAUAAAACAAAAUUUUCUGAUAACUCAUACUCUACAUUUCUAAUUGAUGCUUCGAAACGUAAUGUAGAAAUUUUAGAUGAAAAUCUGGAUAAAAUACAUAAUAAGACUAUACAUGUUGAUUCAGUUGAAAAACCCAUUGUGAAUAGAACAUUGAAACCGUCAUGGCCAUUAAUAUCAAAUAAAUUACCUGAAACACCAUCAAUUGAUAAAACUCAGAAUACUGUUAUACCAUACUCCAUUUUGAAGGAAGAAGCAAUUUUAGAGGAAAAUAUUAAAAUUGAGAAAGAAUGUUUAGAUAAAGAAAAAGAAUAUGAAUUAUUAAGAUUCAAAAAAUUGUAUGAAGCAGAAGCUAGUAUGAAAUUAGAAAUUCAAAAACAAGAGGAAGAAUUGUUAGCUAAAAUAAAAGAACUUGAACUUGAAGCCAAAGCAAAAGAUUUGAAACAUCAAGAAUUGAAAAAAGAAAAUAUUCAAAUUAAACAGGAAUUAGAAAAAUUAAAAGAAGAAGGGAAAGAAGUUAAAGAUUUACAAAAAUUACAGCAUAUGGAAGCUGAAAAGAAGAAACUGAUGGAGGAUGUUGAAAGAUUAAGAGAAGAAAGGAAAAAGAAAGAAAGAAGAAAGCAGAAAGAUAAUAUAGAGCAAAUUUCAGAAUUAACUCCACUUAGUAAACAAAUAAAUAACAACUUAAAUGAAUCUAUUACUACUUCUGAAGAUUAUACAAAUAAUGCAGAUAAUGUAAUAACAAUGAGGAUAAGUGAAUCAGAUAAAAGCUCAAGAAGCUUAUCUCGCUCGCAUUCUUCUCCAAAUAUUGCUCAAAUGGUUGCUGACGAAGAAAAGAAAAGUAGUGAAAUAUCCCUUCCAAAGAUUGAUCGAACUCUUAAACCCUCUCGUAUCUCAGAGUGUUUUUCUCCUACUAUUAAUAGAAAUCUUAAACCGGAAGAAAUCAGUGCUGCUAGAUUAAGAAAUUUGCAACCUGUGUAUGGAAAUCAGGGUAGAGCUGCUACCGGACUUCAAAAUUUAUGGAACACGUGUUUUAUGAAUGCUGUUAUACAAUGUCUAUCAUGCACUGUCUCUUUAUCCUUAUCAUGGAUAUGUAUUCUUUUAAAUAACCAUUUUUAUAAAAUAAAAUUUUAUAUUUUCAGGGAUAAGAAAAGUUCUGGUGGUGUAACUGAAGAAUUUGCUAUUGUAAUUAGAUCAUUAUGGGCUGGUGUUUAUAAAUCCAUAGCACCAAAAGAUUUCAAAAAUACUGUUAGUAAAUACUUGUCAGUCUGUGUUGGUUAUGAACAACAAGACUCUCACGAAUUUCUUAUAGUAUUAUUAGAAAAACUCCACGCUGAUCUUAAUAAGAGUGUUACAAUUUCUCCAAAACAAAGAUUGAAUUUAGAAAAUCUAUCUGAAUUUGAAGCACAGGAAAGGUUUUGGGAGAAUCAUACUAAUAUGAAUAAAUCAAUUAUUUCAAAUUUAUUCGAAGGUUUGCUUCAAUCAGAAUUGCUGUGUUUAAAUUGCAGUAAAACAUCUAAUAGCUACGAAGUAUUUUCAUUACUUUCAUUGCCAAUUCCUUCAACUACAAAAUGUUAUUUAAAAUUUCAAUUUUCAUUUGAUGGAAUAUGGAGAGAGAAAUUACAGACAUAUGUAGAUUUUCCAAUAGAACUUGAAAUACCUUCCUUUAUAAAACAGAAAUUCACAAAAUAUCAGCUCUAUGGUGUUUUGAAUCAUUAUGGAACAUUAGAGGGAGGACAUUAUACUGCAUAUUGUAAAAAUAGUCUAUAUAAUAGAUGGUAUAAAUACGACGAUCAUGAAGUAUAUGACAUUUAUGAAAGUGAUAUCAAAACUUCAGCAGCUUAUAUGUUGUUUUAUUCUUCUGUGGAUUUUCAACAAUGCUUACAAAAUUAAAUAUCUAAAAAAAAGACUGUGAUUCAAAAAGAAAUAGAAAGGAAUGUGGGACCAAGAGAAGAAAGAGCCAACAUUAUAAAAUAUUUUUAUAAUAUUGACUAAUCUUGCUAUUGAAAUGGUAUACAAGCAUGUUAUAUAUUGUAAUAUGAAAAUAUAUUUAAUAUGUAUGCUAAGCAUGCUUAUUGAAAAUAUCUAUGUGUAGAUAUUUAAAUUCUACUACAUGAAGUAGUUUUAAUGAGAAUCAAAAUCAUUCAAAUUAUUAUUAAUUGAACUUUUUUUGAAGUGAAACAUAUUUCAGUAUUUUUUGUAUAAGUGUAAUGAACAAUAUCUACUCUGUACAUAUGAAUAUAUUUUAAUUAGAAUGUUUAACUUUUUCAGUGGACUUGUUAUUUAUUUGUAAAAAUAACAAAUAGAAACUUUAUUUCAAUU